UAAUGCGAGUAGAAACAAAAUAUAAUGCGAGUCUAUACAUUUAUAUCAAGUGUGAGUUUAAUCCCUGCCUGAUCUUUCUCUCAUAUUUUAUCUGGUGGCUGCUUUCUGCAAAAUGUAUGUCUGAGAAAUUUUCUUUCUACAGGUCAUGAGUUGGAUACUAGGCUGGGGCACAGCUGAAAAUCGUAUUAAUUUGUCUUCUGAUGUAAACUGUUAACAAGCAGACCAAUUGUGUCCAUAAUUACUUUAGAUUUCUUUUGUAGUAGUACACAGGGUUGCCCACUGUAGGAGAGCAAGAUAUUUAUGCACAUCACACAUAAUAUAUACAGAGCAAUCGUUAGAGUUUCAAGGAGCUCAAAGCAAAGAUACCGUUCCAUUUGCCAGGAAAAAAACAUGCUUAUAUUUACAGAUCCCAUGGUCUCUGAGGAGAGACUUGGGAUGGGUUUAGAAGAUGCAAGCAUACCUGAUGAGCAAGAAAGCAGUGCUGGACAAGAGAAUUUGACCCUCAGAAUAAAAGAGCUGGAGAAAUUGGAGCAAAAACUGAAACACGCUUUAGAGGACUACAUGGAGUCAGACUCUGUGCUAAGAAAUAGGAUGAAAGAGCUGGAGCUGUCACACAAAACACUUCUUGUGAUGAUUGAUCAACUAAACAUGAAGGUGCACCAUUUUGAAAAUGCAAACGUGCGUGUUAAAGGGAAACUGCGAGAAGUUUGGGAGGAGCUGCUGACCUUGGUUGAAAACCAAGAGAAGUCAGAGAAGAAACAAAAGGAGAGAUUACAUUGGCUUCAGAAGCAGCUGAAGACAAAAGAAAAUGAACUAAAAAGCCAAUCUGAGUAUUUUGAGCACUACAAACAGAGGCAGAAGCAACAGACAGCUGUGCUGAAAAAAAGGGAAUGUUACCUUCGAGGUGAGGUGUUUAGACUGGAAAAGCAAGUGCUAGAUCUCAGUGACCAUAUUGCUCUUUUGACAUCUGAGUUAGGAGAGGGAAUGGCACAGUGUCUCCAUAAGAAGCUGGAAUCAGCAUCCAAAAGCAUGCAGAGCUAUAAACUUUCUAAUAUGCAACUCACGGAAUUGAAAAACUCCAUUGGAAAUGUGGAGCAUGACAUGAAAAGCCACUUUGAGUCAUUUCAGAAAAACCUGAAGUUCUUAAGGGAUAAAGAGGAAGACAACAGAAGAGAAAGAGCAGACCUGCUGACUCAGCUCCAGUGCUCCCAGGACGCUGAAGACUUUCUUAGGAGAAAAUUAGAAGAAGCUUGUCAUCAUGUUUACAGUCUGAAACUAUCUGAAAUCAAACUACAGGAACAAGUGAACAAACUUUUGGAUGAAAACAAGGAUUUAAAAUAUCAAGCUAGAGUGAGGUUAAAAAAGAAAGAAGAAAAGAACUCACAGCUUACAAGGCCAGAAAGUACAGACAACAGUCCUGACCUGAACAGAGACCUACACCAACAAGAUGUUCAAAACCAGAAAAGGGGAGCAAUCUCAGAUCAAUGGAGAAACACUGCUGCUAAAACUCCAGUUGUGCUGCUGCAUGCCCUGGAGUAUGAAACACCGGAAUACAGCUGUGAUGGGCCUAAACAGACAAAAAAGCUGCGAGAACUGCGGCCACUUUUGGAGCACAGUUCCAGCACCUUUGCAAACGCUGCUGAAGAACUUGGUUUAGCUGAGAUCAGACUGGUCACCCUAGGAACAAAAAGUACAGGUGCUUCGGAAGACAGUUUCACUGUGUUUAGAUGUACCCCAAGCUAUCCUACAGCAAGACUGCUUCCACCUUGCUCUGAAAAAGUAACUAACAGUGAAACAAGCAAAGGAAACAGAGAUGAAGAAUACUUUUCUUUCUUGAAAGAACAAGCUAUAUAUCUACCAGCAAAAAUGUUUCCUGUUUCUGUGGUUGAAGAUUUGAUGAGAAACAAACCCAACAUUAUCUUUUUAAAACCUGAAAGCUACAAGGUAGAAACUGUCACAACAGUGAAGAAAGUGAGGAGUUUGGAUUUCAGUGGGGCAAAUACCAGUCUUUGCUUGGGUGGUCCGUGUGUUGUUUCAGAAGAAGGUUUUUCUGAUAAAGCUCCUACAGCUCUUUGCAGAAAAACACCAUGCUCUGUGACUGAAAAUUUUGCAUCCUCUCUUCAAAAAUGCAGGGUGGAAAAACAUCAGCAAAAUAAAUUAAUUCUACCAAAAAGCAUAAGAAAGAAUAAAAGUUCAGAUAAAAGUGUUCGUGAUAGAAAAUAUCACCAAAAAAUCUUUAGAUCGAGAAUUAAAGGAGAAGAAAUACAGAAUGAGAAAUCCCAAGUACAACAAGUAACCUCUGCUUUUGGAGAAAAUUCUAAUGUUUUAAAUCAGAGCGGUUUGAUAAAGCCUGAGAAGCAAGGAAUUGAAGCUGAAGACAAACAAGGUAGUCCACAAGGUGUCCACAAAAUAUCUGUUGAUGUGAAAGACUUUCAGGUGCAUUUCAGAGGGAGUCCUGAACAAGUGGAGAAACAGGGAAGACUCUCAGAAAUCUGCAUCUCUGAUGUGAUGAGGGUGUGCAAAGAUGGAGACAUGAUGAAAAUGGAAGAGGAAGAGAAGAAACCUCAGAAAACGACUGACCAAAUAAACCCUUCACGAAACACUGGACUGGAAGAAAAAAAAGUCCAGUUCCUGAAACUACAUGAAUCAAAUGAGAAGAAUUUCUCAUGUCAGGAAAUUGCGGCUGAAAACACGCAAUAUGCGUACCCUCAGAAAUGUCUUUGGUCAGAGGAAGAGGGUUAUCCACUAAACAUAUUGUCUCCUAUGCAGAAGGGAUUGGUGUGCUUAAGCAAGCAGUUUCUGCCAGAGAACAAUUUUUCUGAGUAUUUCUGUCACCUGUCACCACCUGCAGUGGUUCAUGAGCAUAAUAUGAAAGCACAUGCAUUGGAAAAAUUGGUGGCAAUGUGUUCACAGAGGAUAUUCCAACUGAUGCAAGAGAAUGAAAACUACUUUAAAAAGGUCCGUAUGUUACAGGAGGAGAAUGAGAGAUGUGUUCAAAAGAUGUGUGCACUGGAAGAGGACAUGAAUGCAUAUUUUCAAUACGCUUUAGAUGUUGAUGAAGAUAACAUUGUUUCUUUUCAAAAUUUACUUAAUGAGAAUGAAACUGUUGGUAAAUGUUAUAAGAUGUCAGAAGGAAAUACCAAGAGCCCAGGAUCAAUUUUUGCUAAAACCAUCUCUAAGAAUCUCUCUUAUGUGGAAGACAAAAGUAGGGAUUUGGGGAAAGACUCAUUAACAGCUGAGUCAGAUGAACUUCCCAAGAGUGCUUUACCUCUAGAUAGAAAGAAAAUUAGAUAUUUUCAGCUUCUUUCUGACCUGAAAGAAGAAAGAAGAAGAUGCUUCAAAGAAAUAGCUAAACUAUUACAAGACAAGGAAAACUAUAUAGCAAAAUAUAAUGAAUUAACACAAGAGAGAGAGGGAAACUUAAAAAGAAUAUCUCUUUUAGAAGGUGAAAAAGAAAAUUUAUUGGGAAGUUUGGCAGAAAUAAAAUGUGAACAAGAUAAAUACCGGGCCUUGGUCUCAGAACUUCAGGAGUGCAAAAGUAGCUGUUAUCAGACUAUUUCUGACUUGCAGGAGGAAAAAUGUGUUUUGAAAGGAGCUAUAGACCAAAUUAAAAAAGAAAAUGCAGAACGACUUGGUGAAUUUCAGAAAGCAAAUGCAGACUUCAUUUUAGAAAACAACAAAUUGAAAGAAUUGAUGUAUUCUUUGGGUUUCACCUACGAAGAUCUGAGAAAAGAAAAUAGUUUGGGAAUAAAGGAAAAGGUGGUAAAAAUAAAAGAAGAAAAUAAAUCUCAACAGUAUGGUGCUAAGCCAAUGACAGUUGAAACAGCAUGUAGUGUAACUCAGACUGAAGAAGAAGGAAGAGACCCUUCCAUCUAUUUCCACAGGAAAGAGGGCAGCAGGUCUGAAAGCUACAGUGCGAUGAAAGAGCAAGUGGAAAGGACAAAAGAGGAAUUAAAAACACAGCAAAAGGAAUUAGAAAAAUCAAAAAAAGAGGCUCAGAAAUGGUACAGGGAACUUGGUUUUGCUGAAACAAGAUAUGAAGAAAUCAAGACUCAUUUAACACACGUUCUCUCAGAAUUAGACUGUCUUAAACAAGAAGCUGGAGACAAAACUCUUGGAAAGCAGCACUGCAGAUUCAUGCCAAUGUACACCAUGAAAGAUGCGCAGGAAAUGGAGGAAAAUAAAAUAUCCAGUAAGAGAUUACAGCAGCAAGUACUGACCUUGAAAGCCCAGCUCAGGGACCAGACUGCAUUACAAAAUCAGUUUCACGACUUGCAAAAUAAAGUGGAACUCCUUCAGGCUCAGCUAUGUGAAAAGACAAAAGAACUCCAGGAGAGAAAGUCUGAAGUAAUGUUGACACUAGCUCCUCUAAAGGCUAAGUUGGCUUGCCUGACCAGAAAAUGCCAGGAAAGAAACAGCUUCAUUACCAGGAUGCAUGGCGAGUUUCACCGUCGAGGAUUUAACAACUCCAUGUUUGAUGAAGAGGUGAGAAGGCUGGUGAAUGACAUUGCCCUAGCAGAGUACACAGCCACUUUCGCAACAACAUGUAAUCAGGAGAUGCUGCCAUCUUCCACAGACAUUUCAGAGGUCAGUGCACAGUCAGAGAAUCAUGAGGCUUUGGUCAGAGUGAGCAGAACGUCAGGGUCAAUACCUGCAAACUCUCUGCAAGAGGCAGAUGGCAUCCACAGUUCUCACAUCACUCCAAAUAUGCACACCAGUUCUUCUGUAAAAUUAACAAGUCCAGAGAGGAUCAUAGCGUUGCAUCGGGAACUAAGACAAAACUAUCACAGAAAUUGCCAGCUACCUUCAUUUGUCUCCUCCAAUACAAGCUCAAAGGCUGACCCCAACCUGUCCGUGACUCAUGAGGAAACACCUUGGCCUCCACUCCAAAAGAUGAAGAAUACACUGGAGCUUUCAGAGCGUGACUGGUCCAUGCAGGGGACGGACUGCUUGUCCAAAUGGGAUGAUGUAUUUGGGGGUCAAAUAGGAAAUCAGCAUGCAAGUGCUAUUCCCCAGGGAAUUAAACAGAAAGAUGUCAUUACAAAUAAUGCAUGGCUCUCUAGAGAAAAAACAGAUGGCUCAACCUCAGCUACCACAGCAAAAAGCUCUUUGUCAGACAUGUUGUCAGCAAGUAAUAAAGGUCGAAAUCCUGUGGGAAGAAAUCAGCUGCAUGGGAAAGAAUAAAAACCUCAGAAAUAAAACAAGGUAAAGCAUAUUAGCAAUGUGAUACUCCCAUUGUCAUACUACUUUGUAUGUAUAAAAAGUACUGCUUAUUUUUUAAACCAAAAAUAUUUUACUAGAUGUUUGAGGUGUCUGGAAAAUUUACGUGAGAAAGAGCUUUAAUAAUUUUUACGAUCAGGAUUUCUUAGAACACUUUAGACAACUGAAACCAGCAGAGUUUUCAACCGCCAGGCUGCUUCUCAAUUUUUGCUUUACCACUUGUCUAUGAUUUGCUUUUCCUUUAACUGUGAAACAAUGUAUUAAAUCACUUUUGCUUUUACAUGCAACCCAUUUCCUCGGAGUGCAGUGGCAACUUCUGAAAAAAUAUCUGGCUUGAGUGACAGGAACUUAAGGAGAUAUUGUGGCGUGGACUUCCUAAAUUCCUGCUUUAUGUAAAAGUGGCAGUAGUUCUGCUGUUAGUAGUUCAUUAAUGUCUUAGGAUUUUUUUUUCUUUUUUUCUUUUAGUAAGCUGACUUACAACAGGAUACUCACUAUGUGUUCCUGUAGAUGGUAGUAUCCAUAAAACACCAUCCUUCAAUUGUUACUUUUAAGCCCUUUAUUCAAAUUCCAGUUUAAUUUUAGCAGUUUUACUGGACUUGUUUCAGCGUGCUUCUUUAGGUUACUGCUUGGGCGUCAUGAGUACCAUAACAUCAGAGCUCCUGGGGUGGAUACUGAGAUGGCAAACCCCUAUACCUGCAGUAAACACAAGUGAAGGCAAUGCCAGGCCAGCUGCUCUAGCGUAGUUGUGGUAGAGCUUCCUUGUGAGCCUGACUCAGAAAUAGAUGUGGUCAAGUCUGUGUGAACCUUUGAUGGAACCUGGGGUAAUGGGAGGAAGCAGAAAGGAGGUAUGUGUGAGCCAAGAUAAUUGGAGUCUGGAAAAUUUAACAGAGCAUGACUGCAAAUUCCCCUGAACACUUAAGUGCCAUUUAUGUUGAGAUUCUACCAACCAGGGUUGAUAUUUUUGGAAACUCAAUUCUUCAAAUUUCCUAGUUCUCAUUAUUUUUAAUCACUUUUAUUAAGAAAGGGCAUUUUUAACACACAUAAAUUUGUGACACUCUUCUGUGCUUUUUCUCUGCCUUCACUGAUUACCUCCAGUUGGUUCAUAGUGCAUUACUGCUUUGUUUGAUGCUGCUCCUCCAAAGCCAGAAACAAAAUGACUGGUUUUGAAGAAGUGUUAAUACACACAUUCACUCCUCAUGGUGGGAAACCCAUCUUAAUUUGCUCAGUAAUGUAGCAGAGCAAUUGCUUACAGCAGUAACUGAAUUGGUCUUCAUCCAAAACCUCUUUAGAAAAUACACACCAUAUGUCAUGGGAAACAGCCACUGGAACCGAUGUUUUAAAGCAGAGACACCUAUGAGUAUCCAACGUCUGGAAUUCUGCUCUCAUCUGUCUUCAUAUUCUCUCUAAUGCUGGCCAGCAGUUCUGAAGAUAAAUCUGAUGUCCUGCCACAAGUUGUCUUAUUUAAGUCUAGGAUAUUUUGAUGUAGAAAAACACAUUAUUUGACAUGAUAGCUUUCAUAUUGAUAAAAUGAUGCUUUAAAAACCAGCACUUAACGAAAACUUUUUUAGAGCUUCAUCUUGCUGACAGUAAAUUACAUGAACUGGUUGCUCAGGUCAGCUAGAGGUCAGAUGAUAAUACAUGAAGCGUGUUAAUAAUAAGGGUAUUAAUAAUGAUAUUGUAUGAUGGUAAGAUAGCCUGUUAUCAUAAAUCCCAUAGUAUUUUACCAUGAAAUUAAGCCUUUCUCUGUCCAUUCUCUUUUAAUCAAAGAUAACUAUGGUUUAUCUAUUAUGCUUCAUGUUACAGCUAAGUAGGUUAUUAUUACCAUUAUAUUAUUAUAACCAUUUUUCCUUCUGUUGAAAUUAAUUAUUUCCUGAACAAGGUCUGCAGACACACACAGUUGUAGUUGUGGGAACAGACACUUGCAGACAUAUUACCAACAAGGAGCUGCAUAUUACGUAGUAGACUCAAGAAAUUCCUCAGGCAAAUAGGUUAUUUGCUGGCACUUUGUAGCUUUGCUCUGCAAGUCAUAGAUUUUAAUUAAAAUCCUGUAGCCCUUUGUUGUUUUUUUUUUUUUUAACUCUUUGAGAAAUGCAUUCUUCCUACAACAACAACAAAAAUUAAAUAUGUGUAGAUACCACAGUUCUAACUUUUCUAUCCAUUUCCAUUGCUUUUUACUUCCGCUAAGUAAAAAUGCAAGAUUUUAGAAACUGCAGUGGAGGAAUGCUAGUAAUUUAGCAGCGUUCGUUUGCAUUGUUACCUACAACAGCCCUAGGAAAGAUUAAUCAUCUAAAGGCUCUUUUUGAAACUUCUGUCCUACUCCAUUUCAUCUCAACACUGAGUAGACAAAUGAGAAAUGAUAGUCAUAUGAUGCCAAAUAAUUUUGUGCUAAUUGAUAUACAAGAUUAGAUGAUGGUUUACAUCAGCAACAAGGUCUUUCAAAUUCUUUAAACACUGUCAUUUAUAGAAACCAGCUCCAAGACGUACAGUGGCAGGCCAGAUGGUUUGCAUACUGGUGUCCUGCCAAGCUGAAACCCUUUGGGAUUCUGAGCUUGCUGAGUGAUUCAUACAGAAUGAUUAAUACUUCCUCUUAUUCUGUAAAUUAUUUGUUUGGGGUUUUUUUUUGUUUUUGUUUUUGAAACUGAGGGUUGGUAACAGCAUGCUUAAAGAACACAUCUGAACAGUUUGUGUUAAUUAUCUGUUGCUUGGUACCCAAGGACUGCUCAAGUCAAAUGGCAUUAUCUGAGAUUGAUGGGUUUAUCAGCACACCUAGAGGGAAACUGGACAUCAGUAUACAUCCUACUAACCCGCGCUCUCAGAGCCUGUUUUCCAUCAAGACCCUUUCAGUUACAAAGAACUUGUUAGAAACAUGACAAAGAUGUUUGCUAGGAUCAACAGUUCACGUCAAAAUCAUUCUUGUUAACACCUUCAGGUAAUCUUUGCUCUGUUCUUUUUUCCAUGCUUGAACUCACCAGAACUAAGGGCAAAAUACCUUACUUCAGCAGCAAAGAUUUUUCUCUCUUUUUUUAAUGAAGUAUUAUUUAGAAAUAGAAUAUACAUGCAGUACACGGAAGUAGUAACCUGAAAUGGAGCACACAGUGUAUUUUAAUGGCUACAUGAAAGAUAAACUUAGAAAAUAAAAUGAUGGUGCAGCUCAGGCAAAAAAGGGAGCAAAACUUAGUGUGAUCAAUGGAAGUGAUGCCACCAUUAGAUCUAGGUUCUCAUGACAUUAGGAGAAAAGGGGAAGGGGUUCUAUGGAAGCCUAUCACUUCCUGUCUAAUGCUUUUCUCAUACUGUAAAAAUCUUUAUGAAUAUACAAGAUCUGGUGAUGAAAUUGGAGGCUCAGAUCAUAGUAACUCAGUCUCAUGCUCAGGACUCACAUUGUUAUGGGUCAGUAUAAAAAUGAAUAUCCAAUGAUUGUAUGUUCUGCAGUCCUUAAUAAAUCACGAUUACAUUUUUGGGUGGCAACUCUGAUGUGUAAGAAUGCUAUCUGGUAUCUUCUUAGAAACAAUCUUUUCCUUUAGUCCUUAAGCUGAUGAAUAUUAAAGCCCCUUAUUAAAACCAGAUCAUGCAUGGAAGGUUUUUUCAGUGCUGACCUUUUUCAUAUGGACUGAUUAAACCAAGAAACUCCCAGAUCUAUUUGUGCAAUUGUACUCUUAGCAGGCCAGCCAGCUGGUAGCUUUGACUUAAAUCUAUCAUUCUUGCAGCAGAUUUUUCUUGUGAAUAAAGAGAAUAUUGUCUUUCCCCAGACUGUGUCCUGGAUCUUACCAGUCAAUAUAAUGGCGAAUCAUAGGACAUUGUGUUCCUUUACACAUAAAUAUAUAUGAAAUAUUUAUGAAUAUUUGUAUCCUUACCUAUGUAUAAAUGCAGGGGACUGGCAUAAAUGAUGGUAAUAUAAAAUAAUUGGAAAGUUACUUUCUGCAGAGAAAAAGAUCAAUGUUUGUAUAAAAUAUUCUUAACACUUUUUUUUUUUGUCUUGUUUUUAUAUGCAUAAAAUCUUGAAAUUUUGCUCCUGUACUGGAAACUAGACUGAUUUGCACCCUUGUUGAAGAUCUUCUGAACUCUAGUAAAAAGCUUGAGGAUAUUUUUACAGAUGAUGGGUCAGGUUCACAGCAUGCUACAGCAGCUCUGUUUCAAUCUAGUGACCCAGACCAGCUGUUACCCUGGCUUCUCAGGCACUGAGGUCAAAGGAUCAAGGAUAGAAAGAGAGGGGUGUGGUUUUAUUUUUGUUUGUUUGAUUGAUUCUUUGGUGGUGUACAAAGAACAUUUAGUCAACAAUUAAUCAGAAAUUAAAGUGUUACCUAUUCUGUCACGAUGCGAGAACAUCAAGCAGGGAAUUUCAGCAAAGGAUUCCUUGAAGUUCACUUGAGUUGAACUUGCACUACUUACUUUUAGACAAGAGUGAGAAGCUUUGAAUGGUGUGGCAUCUCAGCAUACUGCUGUCUGGCAAAGCGUUCUUUAAGUGGGAAGCUCCUAGAGCACGUUGUCAUUUUUUGUAGCGUGGCUCUAAGGCUGAAAGUUAUGAGUGAUUCAUUCUUGCUCUGAGCCACAGCUAGAAAGGGAGAACGUGGCCAUCUACUGGUGCCCUGCCUUGCCCCCACCAUCUGCUGGGUGCCACCUCUCUGCUUUCCCAUCUGUAGGCUGAGGACUCCGUCUCUCAGCAGCCACAUCUUAGUUUCCAUCUGGCUGCAGACAGUCCCUUCUGGUGAGGGGGCUGUAAAAUAAAUCUAGGAGUGAGGCUGCCUUUGGCAGUAGCUGGAGGGCACUGAUAGUUUAUGACUGUGCUUGGAGCUUACCUUGGGGUGCACAGAGUUGUUCUCAUCUCUCAGAAGACAUCUUUCAGUUUAGGACGGCUCAGCCAAUCUCUGAACCUUCACAGCAGCAAAUGUUGUCUGUUUUGGAGGCAGGGAGUUUGUAAUUAUCUCUUUAGUAACUAAGCUUGAAUUCUGCUUAAUUUGGGAUCAAGAAAGUCGGAUUCCUUACACCAAGUGUGAAGUUAAUCUCCUGAUGUCUGUAACAGUCCUGAAGAGAAAUCAGCACUUGGUCUGCAGGACAGGGUUCAUCUCACAACAGUGUAGAUCUAAAACAGGCACUGCAAUCCAUACUCUAGAGCUGACCCUUCAGUUCACUGACUGUAAAGCUGAGGCAAGGGGGAUCUUGAAUGUCAGGUCUGUACUGCAGAAGAAAGGGAAUGUGAUUCCUAUCUUCCUCCUGUGUCCUAAACAGCUGCUGUCUCGUAAGAGAUAACUGACUUUAACACUCUUUUUUUUAAUGAUGUUCUAUCUCUUUUUUGAAUGUUCUGCCUGAGGACUUUUCUUCUGUACUUAUUCCUUGGAUUAUCUAUGUAGUUUCAUCUUUAUUUAUGUUCUUCAACUCUUUUGAAUUCACUUUAAGGCAUUUAGGUAACAGUUUAUAAAUAUAUUAAAUAGGAAAUAAAAGGUGUAUGUAAAUCUGAAGCCUUAUUGACCUGACAUAAAUUCUCUGGGGCCACAAGAGAUCAGAGACAACAUUCAUCAAGUGAGGCAUUGAGCAUACAUCUGGUGCUAAUACUCAGGAGUUUUAGCAUAAGAAUAGAAUAAAUUCACUCUUCUUCAUCUGUGAACUGUGCACUACUCUUUACUUGCUUAUCCCCUUGAAAAGUGCAAAAUAGAACAAUGUGGAAAAGAGUAGCAGCUUAUAAAACAGUGUAUUCAAGUGUUGGAUUCAGCCUGGCUUGUGGUAAGUUUUCUUCAGUGGAUUCAUACCUGCAGUCACUGUCAUUCUUCUGGGAAAUCACGUAAGCACAUAUUUCCUUUAGAGGGCUUCUGACCUCUUUUGUGUUCUUCUCUUUAAUUUCUUUGUCCUAAGUAAGGUGAUAUUAAAAGAAAUCCUUGGCGGUAUGCUUCCCUGGGAGCUUUACAGAGGGUAAAGGAUAGAAGCAGUUUCUGCUGCUUCUAAAUUAAAAGCAAUUGCUCAGACUCUUGCAAGUCUCCAGAAGAUGACAUAUUUGCUAAGAAUGUGUGCAGCCCUGUGCAUGGGCAAACUGAACGCUGGGGAAAGAAUAAUGUGAUAGUCAAGACACAUCCUUCAGUUUAAUAAACCAUUUUGAGAAGAAGGCUCUUCCUUAAUUUAAAAGUAGUCCUGGGAAAAAAAAAAACAUAAUCUAAACUUUAGCAGGAAAGUAAGCACUCUUAUCAUUUGAAAUAAACAGACUUUUCUUUAAACAUACUUUUCUUUCUUCUGUAGUACUGGGUAACUUCCAUAGUAUGUUAAACCUGUUGUAAAUCAAUGGUGUAUGAACAAGGUUAUUAUAUUAGCAGUAUUAUUAGGAAUAAUAGCUUAUAUUCCUUGAAUUUAUAAGCAUGCAUGUUUUAUUUCCUAAACUAGCUUUUCCCUCAGAAGAGGUUGUCUUGUCUGUAAGACUUAUUUGUAAUAUCAUGUUAUAUGCUAUAAAAUGAAUUACUACCUUUGA